ACGCGCCUGGCUGCGGGGAAGCUCGCGAGAUUUCGGCGCAGUGAGUGAGCUCGGCCCUGUGCUCCUGCUCUCUCUCGGGUCCCAGCACCGGCUCUCCUCUGCGGAGGGAGGCGGGAGAGAUCCCGCACCAUGGCGUCCGCUCUGGAGCAGUUCGUUAACAGCGUCAGGCAGCUGUCCUCGCAAGGACAAAUGACCCAGCUGUGUGAGCUCAUCAACAAGAGCGGCGAGCUGCUGGCCAAGAACCUCUCUCACCUGGAUACAGUGCUGGGGGCCCUGGAUGUCCAGGAGCACUCCCUGGGGGUCCUCGCUGUUCUGUUUGUGAAGUUUUCCAUGCCCAGUAUUCCUGAUUUUGAGACCCUGUUUUCCCAAGUCCAGCUCUUCAUCAGCACGUGUAAUGGGGAGCACAUAAGAUACGCCACAGACACCUUCGCUGGUCUUUGCCACCAGUUAACAAAUGCACUUGUGGAAAGAAAACAGCCUUUACGAGGAAUCUGUGUUCUCAGACAAGCCAUAGACAAGAUGCAAAUGAAUACAAAUCAGCUGACCUCAAUUCACGCAGAUCUCUGCCAGCUCUGCUUGUUAGCGAAAUGUUUUAAGCCGGCGCUCGCUUACUUAGAUGUAGAUAUGAUGGACAUAUGUAAAGAGAACGGAGCGUACGACGCCAGGCCCUUCCUGUGCUACUAUUAUUACGGCGGGAUGAUCUACACGGGGCUGAAGAACCUCGAGAGGGCGCUUUACUUCUACGAGCAGGCGAUCACGACGCCGGCCAUGGCUGUUAGUCACAUCAUGUUGGAAUCCUAUAAGAAGUAUAUCCUAGUUUCUUUGAUACUCCUAGGAAAAGUUCAGCCGCUGCCUAAAUAUACCUCACAGAUCGUCGGUAGAUUUAUUAAGCCUCUUAGCAACGCUUACCACGAGCUGGCCCAGGUCUACUCGACCAACAACCCCACCGAGCUGCGGAACCUGGUGAACAAACACAGCGAGACCUUCACCCGAGACAAUAACAUGGGGCUGGUGAAGCAAUGCCUGUCCUCCCUGUACAAGAAGAAUAUACAGAGGCUUACCAAAACCUUCCUAACGCUUUCAUUACAAGACAUGGCCAGUCGAGUUCAGUUAUCCGGUGCUCAAGAGGCUGAAAAAUAUGUUCUGUAUAUGAUAGAAGAUGGAGAAAUCUUCGCAAGUAUUAAUCAGAAGGAUGGCAUGGUGUGCUUUCAUGAUAAUCCCGAGAAAUACAACAAUCCUGCUAUGCUUCACAAUAUUGAUCAGGAAAUGCUGCGCUGUAUAGACCUUGACGAUCGAUUAAAAGCAAUGGAUCAAGAAAUCACGGUGAACCCACAGUUUGUUCAGAAGAGCAUGGGCUCUCAAGACGACGACUCAGGAAACAAGCCAUCGAGCUAUUCUUGAAGGGGACGGCUCCGCACCCCCACCCCUGGAUCGUCAGCAAUGCAAAACAACGUCUUCGAUAUCAAGCUGAGAGAAAUGCCACCACCUCUAUGCCUGGACAUUAAUAAAAAUAAAAUAAAAAAAAAGGAAAACCAAUAUUUAUGAAACUCUCUCAGCCCUGUAUGCGUUCAAAGUUACUCCAAGGAGCGGAAAACGACCUAUACCAAUAAAGUCUGUUGUGAAUUUG